AAAAGGGUAAAACUCCAAAACACCAAACGUGAUCCGAGACGGACCUGUCACAGAGACCACCCCCGCAUCAACAAGCGUUUCACAGGCCUAGGUAACUAGUUGAUCGGAUCUAGACAGACCGAAGCGAGCAAAGCUAAGAUUCGGCUUCUUCAGCGGCCGUGUUUCGAAAAUGUGUUUGAGGGCUUGUCUUUUCAAGGGGGUUACAGGCGGUUCCAUUGUUUAAACAGUUUCGCUAGCUCGCUCGUGAGAAGCAAGGCAAGGUAUAAUAAGGGCACAGCAGUACCACGAUUGUCAACAAACAUCCCAUCCCCAUAUCUCCAUCUCUUUCUCAAUUGUUUCUUGUGCUUCAUUCUUUUUGCACUUGAGAAUUCCUUUCUUUGAAGGCAGGCCCUCUUCAUUAUUACUUACUUAGUCUCUUAAUCGCUAGAUCGAUCUCAUCUCGACUCGUCUCUGGCCCGAACAACUCGCAAUCUUUUUCCUUUUCUACUUUAAUACCCUCAAGUUUAAACAUCAUGAAAGCUUCAACUAGUCUGGCCGUGGCCGCCGCCUUUGCGCCCUUGACCAUGGCGCGUUUCCUCGACUUUGCUCAGCCUGAACGACGGGAUCAUCCUAUGCCUGCCGAAGCUGUACCUGCGGAAGCCAUACCUGGAAACGCUCUUCCUGCAGAGCUUCUCAGUGGACACAAGAAGAUCGUUUCGGGAGGUCACAAGAUCUCCAAGACCGAGAUCAUCAUCAUCUGGGCGAACCCUGGAGCUGGUGCCGAAACUACCACCAUCAACGAAAAGGUCACAGUUACUGAGACCGUCACCAAGGGAGGCGAGGCCGUUGCUACUCCUGCAGCUCCUUCUCAGCACACCGUCACUGUUGGUGGUCCAGGAGGUCUAGUCUACCAGCCUGAGGAGCUUCACAAUAUCCCCAUCGGCGACACUGUUGUCUUCGAGUUCCUGUCACAGAACCACACCGUCUCUCAGUCUGGUUUCGAUAAGCCUUGUGCUCUUCUCGAGGGUGGCAUGGACUCUGGUUUCAUGCCCAACCCUAACAACACCGUUUCUCCUCCUCCCCAAGUCGCUAUGCAAGUCAUGGUUGACACUCCUCUCUGGUUCUACUGCAAGCAAGGCAACCACUGUGGUCAGGGUAUGGUCUUCUCCAUCAACCCUACUGCUGAGAAGACCCAGGCCAAGUUCAAGGAGAUGGCCAUUCAACAGAAUGGUGAUGGCAAGGCUACUCCCAUCACAGGCGGCGAUGCUGCCCCUGCACCUCCCGCUCCUCCUGCUGAGUCCAAGCCUGCUGAGGCUGCACCACCUGCUCCCGCGGCUCCUGAAGCCACAGGAGUUGUCCCUGGAAAGGGUGUCAUCGGUGGCGAUGGCAGCUGUGUAUGCAUGGUCUCCUGCUCAGCUGGCGGAUUCCCAGCUCAGGCCCAAGGCAUUAACUCAUUUGGCGGCAUGGGUGGUGCCAUGCCUUACAAGUUGGACAGUGUGGUUUAAGUUGAGCAAUGACAUGAAAUUCUUGGAGGUGUUGAUACCACGGACGAUUUGAGUUGAAUAUGUUAUUACUUGAAUGUACCAUUUAUGGGUUUUAGACGACUGGGAUUAUGUUUGGGUACCUGGCCUAGAUGGCUGAUAAAAUCUUCACGGGUUUGAAGAUCGGUUUAGGUAGUUUAAUGGGACAAAGCUUUAUGGGAGAAAUCAUG